AUGUUAUUUAUCAGAGAAAAUAACAGUGACAACAUUGAAGUACUUAGAGGUAUUUGUCACGAUUUUGUUGUGAGGCUCAUUCAAGAGUUGGUUGUGAGAUUCGCAAAUCCGUUACGUAAAUCAACAUGUUUUGAAAUAUUCGAAGAGUACCAUCUCAAAGAAUAUGAACUAGAGAUAGACACUUACCAAGAUUUUGUUGAUCUUCAACAGAGACUGGCGGACCCACAAUUGUUAAUGAAAAUGAGAUUCUACAUGCUCGAAAUGGACAUACCACGUCUUGAUGAGUACGACGAUUUUGCAGAUGAAGCAGAAUUGAUAAUGGAGUGGUGUCAUGAUAAUAUAAACUCUGUUGAUAAAAUUAAAACCAAAAUGGAUUUAAUUUAUAAAUCGCCUGAAAUCAGAUGCACAAAGGAUCAAAAAGAUAUAAUAGACACGGCUUUUCCAACUGGACAUUUCAGCUCUGACUUACCAGGAUCAGAUGACGGUUCUUCGGCGACAGAAGGAAGUUUAGAAAGCAAAAAAAUUCAAAUUUUCAAACAAAGAAAAUUGUAUCGGAAUGAAAAAGACAAAAAUAUAAAUAUAUUUUUGGAACAAUGUUCCGAAAAUUAUUUUACAGCACCAAAUGUUUUGAAUUUAAUGGAGUCAAGAGUCGAGUUUCAAAGUUUUAUUGGUUGCUGUAUGGAGCUUAAUUUGAUAGCCGUAACAACAUGUUCAGUCGAACGAUCGUUUUCUCUAAUUAAAAGAGCAUCAAGACCAAAUCGUAAAAAUUAUUCGAGAGAAAUCAGAGUCGAGACAAAAGAAAGAUUGUCUUUCUUAAACAGAAACACUUCGAGAGAUCGAUUUGUGCCUUCAGUUCAAUGUCAACAAUAUACAGAAAGUGAAUUGUGA